AUGAAGAGUCGGAAUUGGCAAACAUCGGCGCUUCUCUGGCUCUCCCAGUUUCUCGUCGUCUCGCACGCGUUUUCAGCCGUCUCGGAUCGAGUCGAUGAUAGCUAUAUGCCACAGAAAUCGCAUUGCUUCAGGUGAGCAAUUUCGGAACAUGGGGCAUCGAACUUGCGACAUUUCGCGUCGACAGAUUGCCAGCCGAACCUGUUACCACUAGACCAGCGCGCUCUUUCCGAUCCGUUUGCUUUUUCCAGUUGCGCCUCGUUCGUCUACCUGCCGCUAUGGUCCCAACUGAUGCACCACUACUAUCCGCCAAAAAACUUCACGGAUCGCUGCUGGCAGCCGGACGCCGGAAUCGGCGUCGUUCCGUGCAACUCGGCAUGUUUCACGCUCGUCGAGCGCAUCGACGGCGAAGAAUGUAAGCAGGGGCCGACACCGACUUUUCGGUCUAAUGAAAAAUGCGCGCGCGCGCGAGCCCCCGUGUGUGUGUGUGUCUGCACUUUUGACGGCCUCUUGAUUAGACCCCCCCCCUCUCGCCCCACCAAAAGCACGAAAGAGAGAGAAAGAGAGAGAGAGAGAGGGAGACUUUUUCAAUGAAUUCGUUAGAGUGAAAACUGAAAUGUUAUACGCACGUGAGUGAGUGUAUGUUUCGUUGCCCUCAAAGUGAGGGACUUUUCGGCGAAACAAAAGACGCACGGUUACUGUAGGUGAGUGUGCCACGUCAUCUAGGAUGAAGCUUUUCCGCACAAAUAUUGUAGAGGGGGCGCCAAAGCGGCCCCCAAUCUGAGCCCAACAUCUUUUCCGGACGAUCAUCAUUUGAGUUGAUUUACGACCGUUUUUGACGCGGCGAAAAUGAGAGCGGCCGGCCAAUUGGCGCGUCUUCUUCUUCUGUUCGCCAAAAGUUUGGAUGAUUUUGAGGAUGGAUAAUAGUUGGAGACAGCUCGAUUCGUUUAGUGAUUUGCGUUGCUGACAAUCGAAUGGGUUAGUAAUAUUGGAACAGAAAAAAUUGGGGGGACCAAAACGGAAAACCAUAAAGGACGCCGGAUAUGGGAAUGGCGGUCCCCGUCAGUCGGAAUGGGGGGAACUUUGAAGGAAGGAUUUUAGAGGGAGGGGGGGGGGUUUGCAAAUGUGUAAAGACACGUCUGAAAAUACGAUUUUCGAAUUCUCCGCGUGAUUUCGAGUGAUUUGACACUAAUCAUGACCUAAUUUGGAAAAAUGCCGGUUUUGGCUCCGCAUGGGCUCGCGGAGCCCGAGCGUUGAGCACAAAUUGUUUCAUUUCAAACGUAUGCGAUGAUGUAUGUCAAAUCUCACCAAAAAACGUACUGAUUUCGAAUUUCCGCUUUGUUUUUCUGCAAAACAAACUCGCCCGAACCUAAUCCAAAAUUCCGUGAUCCGCGCUAGAUGUCAUAAUAAUUAGUUAGUACCCGACCAACUCGUAUUAGUAGUAUUACAUGUCCGCAAGAGGAAAACAACAUUUCCAUCUCUCUCUCUCUCUCUCUCUCUCUCUUCCUAUCACAUCCAUCAAUGUGUCGGACCACCACAUCACAUCUUUUUCCAUUUUUCAAUUGAAAACGAGCCGAAAAAAUGCGAAGAAGGGUGAAGAGAGCGGCAAACUCAUUAAAAUUGCAUUGUUUGGCGCAAAAUCGUGCGCGAACAUUGUGAAAUUCGGAUUCUCGCGCCGCCGCCGUCAAUUUAAUACUAUAGUUUGAGCGUGGCCGAAACACACAUGUUGCGAGGGAGGAGGCUUUGAAAAAUGACCUGUGCACGCGUCAAAAGUCUCGGGAAACCCGCAAAUCUCGCGGAUUUUGCAGUCGAAAAUCGGUAGAAAUUGGCGGGAAAUUCGGGGUGCGCACAGCUGAACGAGUGUUACCGUACACCAUGAAACUACGAGAUUUUUUUGAAAUUUUUACCCAAGAAAUUUGAAAAUUUUUCAAAUAUUUUCGAGAAAUUAAAAAUUUUUUUCAAAAAAAUACCGUUGAAAAAUUCACCCAAGAAUUUUUGAAAAUUUUCUAAUAUUCUCAAGAAAUUUAAAUUAAAAAAAUACCGUUGAAAAAUUUACCCAAGAAAUUUGAAAAAAAUUCCAAAUAAUCUCGAGAAAUUUAAAUUUUUUUGUAAAAAUACCGUUAAAAAAAUGUAUCCAAGAAAUUUGAAAAAAAUUUCAAAUAUUCUUGAGAAAUUUAAAUUUUUUUCAAAAAAAUACCAUAGUUGCCACGGGCCGGGCCGGGCCGAAAUUUCAAAACUCCGGCCCGGCCCGGCCCGUCGGCCCGGCCCGGCCCGGCCCGACCCGGCCCGGCCCGGUCGGCCCGGUUCAAAAAGCGGGAAUUCAAAAUUUGAAUUAUUGAUCGCAUGAAGCCAUUUUUUUGUAGAAUUACGGGUUUUUUGCAAGCAUCGAACAUUGAAAAACAAAUGUAUUUCUCAUAAAAAAAUUUCAUAAUAGCAAAAAAACAAAGAAGAAACACUAAAACUUUAGUUCGAAAAUUUUUUUGUAAUAACGAAAAAAAUUUCCGCGAAAAUUUGAAUUCCCGCCUUUUUGAACCGGGCCGACCGGGCCGGGCCGAGCACUUCACCGACCCGGCCCGGCCCGGCCCGGCCAGGCCGACCCGGGCCGGCCCGCAUGGCCGACCCGGGCCGGCCCGCAUGGCCGGCCCGAAAUCUGGCAAGUCUGAAAAAAAUACCGUUGAAAAAUUUACCCAAGAAAUUUGAAAAAAAUUUCAAAUAUUCUCGAGAAUUUUUAAAUUUUUUUCAAAAAAAAUACCGUUGAAAAAUGCACCUAAGAAAUUUGAAAAUUUUUCAAAUAUUCACGAGAAAUUUAAUUUUUUUAUUUAAAAAAAUACCGUUGAUAAUUUACCCAAUAAACUUGAAAAAAAUUUCAAAUAUUCUCAAGAAAUUUAAAUUUUUAAAAAAAUACCGUUGAAAAAUUUACCCAAGAAGUUUGAAAAAUUUCAAAUAUUCUCGAAAUUUAAAUUAAAAAAAAAAUACCGUAGUUUUAUGGUGUACGGUAACACUCGUUCAGCUGUGCGCACCCCGAAUUUCCCGCCAAUUUCUGCCGAUUUUGGACUGCAAAAUCGGCGAGAUUUGCGCGUUUUCCGAGACUUUUCUACUGAAACAAAAAGUGGUGGGGCUCCGCGACGAGCCCAGAUGAAAAUGCGCGUUUUCAGACGUGUCCGAGCAACACGGAGUGAUCCGCGGCUGCGUCGACCGACUUCUCCUCUUCGGACUCGACGACGACGUGCGCAACGUGUUGAGCAGCUACAAUUCGGACAGAGUCUGCCGGCACACCGAUCGAAAGUUGCUCAGGCUGUUCCCGCUGUCCGCGCACACCGACGUGGUUCGUUCGUUGAAAAGCGAGCCGCGAAACAGUUCUCUCAAAACGAUUAUUGCAGGUGACAUUCUGCUCGUGCAACGGAGAUUUUUGUAAUGAGCACGACAUGCUGCGCGAGCUCAACUCUUCAAAUUCGCUCGCAUUCCGACUCGUGCUCCAUCUCCUGCUUUUCAUUAUUUUUCCAAUAUUGUAG